UGCGGUCGCGAUUCGUGUACCGCCUAUUUCCGUGUGGUUAAUCGCCGUUCUAUUUGCGCUGCUCAUAAAAUUCGCUUGUUCGAGAUUUACGCAUUGUGACACGAAUUGUGUUUUCAAGAAGUGUUAACUAACGGAAGAUUGCCAACGGCAUUGUCUUCUUCGUGAAGCUAAAACAAGUAAUAAAACAGUCAUGGAGAAUUACACAUCAGACUCCAGUGACUCGGAUUCUACCUUGAGGACAUUGGACCUGUCCUAUCUGUUACUCGACAACGAAGUAUUAGACAAGCAAUUCCUCAAUACCAAAAGCCCAGAGCAAGUGGAUACCUUAUUGUUGAGUCAAAAUCUUCUCACAACUCUACCUGCCAGUAUCAGUAGAUUCAUCAAUCUGAAUUUUCUCGAUAUCUCGAACUGUGGCCUCACCAGCUUACCAGAUUUUUGGACGAAUUGUCCUUUGACUUGUUUGAUUGCGAAACACAAUAACAUAACUAAUGAUGGAUUGGCGAAAGAUUUUGAAAAUCUUGUUAAUUUGAGGGAACUCAAUCUAAGUGGCAAUAGACUCACAGAAUUUCCUAAUCAAAUUUUUGAUCUACCUGGAUUAAAAUAUCUUUAUCUAGGUGGCAAUCGUAUCAGCGAAAUUGCCAAGGACAUCUGGAAAUUGCAAGGAUUGCGAGUUUUGUCAAUGGGAAACAACAGAUUGACAGAGGUACCGUCCACCCUUGGUCAACUGAAGACUCUACAGGCUCUCAUACUUUGUGAUAACAUGCUAGAGAGUCUGCCAAACUCGAUAGCCAAUUUAAUGAACUUGAAAACUCUGUCGCUUCACAAGAACAGAAUACGAACAUUACCUACUGAGAUAAUAACAUUAAAAUGCCUCACAGAGUUGUCUUUACGAGACAAUCCGUUGGUGGUGAGAUUCGUAUCUGAUAUGACACACAAUCCACCAUCGUUAUUGGAGCUAGCAGCACGUAUCAUCAAGUCCAGUGAUAUUCGCUACGAUAAUGAAAGUAUACCGCAUAACUUAGUACAGUACCUCAAUAGUGCCCACAGCUGUGUCAAUCCUAAAUGCAAAGGUGUUUUCUUUAAUAAUCGUGUGGAGCACAUUAAAUUUGUUGAUUUCUGCGGCAAAUAUCGCUUACCAUUAUUGCAAUACUUAUGUAGCAGCAAGUGCAUCGAGCCUCGCGACAACAAUGAGGAGCCUGUUAGUGGUGCCAUGAUCAGAAAAGUUCUUCUCGGCUAGUGAUAUUUUAAAAACAUAUUUCUG